CACUCUCGUGGCAAGCAAGCAAAUUAAUACUUGCCUGCUUUUAUUAGGAAUAAUUAUUCCUAAAAGGUUUAAACAAGAGUAGCUAAAACUGACUGGUUAAGGACUUCAUUUUUGUACGCAGUAUUAUCAUGCUGAAAGAGUAGAAUGAAUAACACUUUGUGACCAUCCGCACUGCAAUCAUUUGUUUCAUUUUGAAUUUUCUCCAUCCUGCUAUCUGCAAAAAGGCUGACUUGACCCACUGAGGUGAUUAGCUUUUAGUAAUUUUCAGACACACUGUAGUCAGGCUGUUCUAAGCUGGGAUUUGUUUGUUGUGCCGAUGCGAAGGCUCAAUUCACACUGAUUGCUUCACAGAAUGGGCCAGGCCGCAAACAUGUCUCACUGGAAAGGGGAGUCUUAUAUUACAGAGGUCUACGAAUGGUCCAGAAUAUUUAUUAAUAAAUGCCCAAGUGGACUCAUUACAAUUCAUGAGUUUCAAAGGCAUUUCUGCAAUGGAACAGUGGUCAGAGAAUCAGCUGAGUAUGCAGAACAGAUAUUCCGCACGCUGGACAAAAAUCAGGAUGGUUUGGUAGAUUUCAGGGAGUAUGUGAUGGCCAUCAGCUUGCUCGUUGAAGGCUCAGCAGUGGAGAGGCUACGCUGGUCCUUCAAGCUCUUUGACAAAGAUGGAGAUGGUGCCAUCAUAAGGGAGGAGAUGCUUAACAUUAUGCAGGCUGUUUAUAAGAUGAAUGAAACAGCAGGUUUAAAAGAACCAAACUCCCUAACAGCUGAAGAAUGCACUGACCAGAUAUUUUUGAGAUUAGACAAAGACAACAAUGCUGUCAUCAGUAUGGAGGAGUUCAUAGAGGGAGCGUUGGAUGAUGACUGGAUCAGAAAGAUGUUGGAAUGUGAUCCCAGCACAGUGAGGGCGGAUUGGCCCCUGAAGAGGGACUCUGCAGUGGGACUCAAUGAUUGACAUGAAUUUAUGUCUGUUCAACAACUUUGGAUUGACAUUUCUAGAAAUAAAUUUGUUCCGAAAUAUUAAGAGUUACUGUAUGUAAAGUACAAUACAAUACAUUUUCAUUUAUAGACACAAGAGAUAUUGAUGCCUGCAUUUCAUUUCUGUGUUGGUAGUGCAUUGCAUAUGUAUUAAUAGUAUGAAUAUUUUUGCCUGCAACGAACGACUGAUGUAAAAUGUUUUACACUAGGGUUCUACCAGAGAGAAAAAGCAACAUUAUAGAUCCGACAUGCACACAGUGCAAUUUUAAUAUUUUGUGAUUUUCGACCAACCAACCUGCGCCCCAUCCUCACAUUUUUUUUCUGACAUUGAUGGUACUGUACUGUACGCUGUUUCACAAUUUGUUUUGUUUAAAAAGACAAUGCAAUAAUGUUUUAAGCACCCCUGAACUAUCUUAAGUAUGCCGAGGCAUGAUGACACUGUGUAUAGAUGAAGCUGUCUGAUGGUUUGUUUUUGUUGAAA